CUGCACUUAGUAUCAUAUUCGUUUUGUUUUAGUAUGAUCGGUGGCUGAAUGUUGGCUGGAUUCAGUUCGGAUGAUGGAGAACAGAGUGUUAAAGCGCUCCGAGGACUGUAAAGAUCCUCCCCAGCUCUUUACAUACUAUCAAGGCGACAUCAACACUGCAGUGGAUGAGCACUUUUUCCGUGCCCUGAAUAAAGCAACCACACCAAAAGACCUCAGUACUAAAGCUAAGGACAGCAGUAGGACUCCCAAAUCUGGUGCGUUAAUCUGUCUAUAUCUAUCUAUCUAUCUAUCUAUCUAUCUAUCUGUCUGUCUGUCUAAUGCAUUUCUUAUCCCAGAUGUACCAUCAUCAUCAUGGGCUUCUUCUGGUCUAACAUGGACUAAGUCCACACACUCUUCCGGUUCCUCAAAGCUGACCCAAUUGACAUCCAUGGAACCUACACCUCCAUCCCAGGGAGUUAUUGUGAAUCCCUCAGUACUAUCAUCAUCAUCGUCAUCCCUCUGGCCAUGUCCAUCCAGACAGGGCACAGCCUUCGAACUGCCUCAAAUACUCUACCAACAGCCCAUGGCUGCUGAGAGCAGUGCCAACUCUUACCUGAACCUGUUACAAAUGGAUCGGCCAACAGGGGGCAUCAUGAUCUCGCCCUUCUCAAAAUCAGAUACCAGACCAGAGUGGAAUUCUGGGACGGCCUUUAAGGAUGGAGGCAGGAUCGGCCUAGAUUCAGGUGUGCCUGUCUCAGAAAUACCUAAGGAUUUGUACUGGUAUUGAAGAAGCGAUUUCUGACUCUAUGAUCAAAAAUAUAUUUUCAGCACAAGACUGACUGUGUUUACAUUAUUAUGUAAGCUUAAGAAUUCUGUGCUUUUGGACAUCUGGCAUAGUGACUCAAACCAUUAUAUUUAUGGUAUCAGACAUUCCUCAGGGAUAAAUGGCAGUUAAUUGUUUAUUUUAGCCGUGAGCAUGUGAAGAAUCUUGUAGUAGGACAUAAGAGAAUACCUGAUUGAAAAUAAUUCAAUUCUCUUAGCUAUUUAAUGGGUGAAUGAGGAAGUAAAGUCUAUUUGUAUGAUUUGUAAUACAAUUAUAGUUUUACCAAACUUUCUUUGUGUAUAGUAUUCCGUGUUUUGAAAGUUAAUAUUAUUACUAUAGACCAUAAUUUUUGUAAUGCAAAAACUAUAGUCAUUUGUCAGCAAAUAUAUUCAGUAUA